GUUAUUAAUUAAAAACUCCAAAAAAAAAAAAAUACAACCUUUCCUUUAAUCCUUUCCCGGCUCGCACUUUCCUCUUCAAUUCAUCUCUCACCAACUGUCUAUCCCCACUUUGAGAUCUCGGAAACCCUAGCUCUAAUUUCUCCGGGACACUCGCCGCGAUCGAUGGCCGUUGCCGGUGGGGUCGCGGCCCGAGCCCUAGCCCUAGGCGUGGCCGUCGUCCUCCUCGCAUCCCUGGCUGCUUCGAACUCCGAGGGCGACGCGCUUUUCGCUCUCCGCCGGAGCCUCUCCGACCCCGACAACGUGCUCGAGAGCUGGGAUCCCACGCUUGUCAACCCCUGCACUUGGUUCCACAUCACCUGCAACCAGGACAACCGUGUCACCAGAGUGGACCUGGGAAAUUCAAAUCUGUCAGGCCAUUUAGUACCUGAACUUGGAAGGCUUGAACAUUUGCAGUAUCUGGAGCUUUACAAAAACAACAUUCAGGGGACAAUCCCAGCAGAACUUGGUAAUCUAAAGAGCUUGAUUAGCUUGGAUUUGUAUAACAACAACAUUUCAGGGACUAUACCUCCAACAUUAGGCGAACUGGAGUCUUUAGUAUUCUUACGGCUUAAUGAUAAUAAAUUAACUGGGCCAGUCCCAAGGGAACUUGUUGGAAUUUCUAAUCUCAAAGUCGUAGAUGUCUCAAGCAACAAUCUUUGCGGGACGAUUCCCACCUCUGGGCCUUUUGAACACAUCCCCCUGAACAACUUUGAGAAUAAUCCCCGUUUGGAAGGUCCUGAGUUGCAAGGGCUUGCAACCUAUGAUACAAACUGCUAGAUGGUGACUGGUGACGAACUAUCACAGCGCAGUGUACCUGGGGUUCGCGUAACGUUGUCAAAUGGGUAGGGAAUACUUACGUAUUGGUUUUGGAGUUCAAUCUAGGCCAUUAUAUAAAUCUACUUUAUAGCUGUCAGCCUCAUAUUUGUCAUGCAGAAAAGACUGCUGCUUGAUGUUGUAUUCGGAUGGCUGGGUGAAUGUUUUCCUUGUACUGCUACCUGGGGUUAUAAUAAAAUGUAGACCAACCUAAUUCUAAAAA